AUGUCAAAACGUCAUCUUACUGUUCAAAAUAAAGGUAACGAAUAUGAACAACAAUCAUCAUCUAUAUUAACACGUUUAUCAUCAAAACGUAUUAAUACAAAUGAAUUAACAUCAACAAAAAAAUUAAAAAUUGAAGAAAAACAUUUUGAUAAAGAAAAUAUACCAAAACGUGAAACACGUCAAAGUACAAAAGUAAAACAACGUGAACCAUCACCAAUACCAACACCAUCAAUUGAAACAAAAAUUAUAAAUCCUCCUGAUGAUUCUGAUAAUGAAUUUAAUAAUUCUGAUCAACAAGAAGAAUAUUUAAAUAUAUCAAUUAAUGAUAAUGAUAAAGGUAAAGAUUAUCCAACAAAUAAAGAAUAUAUUAUUUAUGAAAAUACACAUUCACCAUUAAUUAUAUCUAAAACAGCACGUUAUUGGUUAAAUAAAUAUCGUAAAAAUCUUUCUCAUGUUAAUCCCGAUGCAUAUAAUAUGUAUAUUCAUGCUGAUUUUAAUUGUUAUGGUGAAUUAGAAAUUAUUGAAAAUUGUUUACUUGAUUUAACUAAAACAAUAUUUAUUGUACAACAACAAGGUAUAUUAAAUCAUUUAAAUUUUCAACGUAAAUCAUCUGAUAAAGUUAAUUAUAUUCUUGGUUUUCGUCGUCUUGAAACAUUAACAUAUUUACUUAAUUAUACUGAUAGUAUAAGUGGUAUUGAUGAUGGUGAUCGAUUUUAUUCUAUAAUACGUGUUAUUGGUGCAUGUUAUAUAACUAUUCUUCAUGGUUUAUUACCUAAUAUAAUGUUUAAAAAACUUGAUACUAUUGAUGAUAAAAUAUUAAUUAAAAAAUUAAAUAAAAUAUUAAAACAAAUACCAAAUUUUAAACAAGUUUUAGAACAAGCUAUUAUUAUUGGUUAUUUAUUUUUAACUAUUGCUGAUGUUUGUAGUGCAUAUACAAAUAUUCUUCAAAUUGUUUAUUGUAAUUGGAUUUUAAUUAUGGAUAAAAUUAUAAUUGAUUUAAAUAAUAAAUCAAAUGAUAAACUUAUGAAAGCAUUAAAACAUGCAUCUCAAAUUGAUAGAAAUAAUCUUGAAUAUGGUGAUAAAGAAUCAUUUGAUUUUUUAAAAGAAUUACGUUUAUAUAAAGAAAAAUAUGGUCUUGGAGGUGAUGCACAUGAUCUUAGUAAAUGGUCACGAAGUAAACGUGCAGCUUAUUCAUAUGGACGUUUUAAUACUUUUGAAGACUUAUUUUCUUGUUUUUAG